AGAUCACAAAGGUGGCCUGGCGGCAUUCAGAAACGCAUGCUAUUGUUCGUAUCAUAUUCGCAGUAACUUUCGUGGUGAACGUAUUGCAAAUUAAAGCGCAAAUAACCCCACAGCGUUUCGCAACGGAAGUGAUCAGACACUGGGAAGCAAAUUGAAAAACGAAGACAACGCGGAACAAUAUUCCAGAUUUUUACCAACGUAAAAUUGAUGAUAAGGUAACGAGUCCACUGCGGCCAUGACCUCGGAUGCGGGAUGCCAAACGAGUCAAUUUGAUGUAGUACAUUUUGCUCGCGAUGAUGCAGUUGCGAAUGCCUUGCCAGAUUCGGACUGUGCGUUGGAACACAGCUCGGCGAUCAAGGGUGGAAUGAUAACAGCGCAUUACCCCUACCAAAUGAGGAUUCAACCGUGGGCAGAAGGGUUCUUUGCUGAUUUGGUGUCCUAUUGUACCGAUCAUCCGGUCCUCUACAUCCGUCCCCUUGAGAAGGAAUUUUCGCAGCAGGUGGAUUGUUUGCACGAGAAAGUGCAGGCCGUGGCAGCGUCCCAGAUGCAGGCAGCAGGCGAGCAGGAGCAGGCGGGUAUGUUCGUGCCGGGUGUACCAUGCCUGGCUCGGUAUAGCGAGGAUCGUUUAUUCUACCGAGCAAUUAUAGAGAAGGUGGACGAUGUGCAAGAUGCCGUCCAUGUCCUGCACGUGGACUAUCUCAGUGAGGACAUUUUGCCGAAGAGGGAUAUCUGCGAGUGCCCGCCAGAAUUGCGUUUGAUACCACUGAGUUAUGCAUGUGUGCGGCUGGCGGGCGUUCAGCCAAACGCCACACGACCCAUUGCAGAGGUUUACGGACGGCUUCUGGAGCUUCUUGCAGAAUCAUCGUUUUACGUGCGAGUCAUCCAGUGCCCUGACGUGGAGCAGGGUACGAAUUUGCCAGAGGUAGUGCUCUACACGGCGAUGGAUUGCCAAAAACUCGCCUAUCAGACUUUAAUAGAUGAUUUACAAAUGAUUUACUGGUUGGUAUCAGCAACCAAAUAUUGUGUUGCUGAUACCAACCAGUAAAUCAUUUGCGACACCCAUGGAGAACCAAGUCCAUGGCUUUUCGCUAACUUUUAUUACUUUUUUAUGAUUUGAUCACUACAAAUUUCGAUCGUUCAAGCUACACAGUUACGCUGCUGUUGGCAGUUCGAUUAGUAAUUCAUCACUCAUAUCUAAUGUUUUUUUCAAGCUAGACCGUUCCUUCGCUUUGAGUUCAAUCUGAUGGCAGUUAGGUUUUUCAUUCUUUACUUACACAUGUUUUCGAUAAAAGCGGAUUACUUUCUCAGUUUUUGCAUUUAUAACAUUCAACUACCCAGAUGAUAUAUAAGUAAAAGAAUUAUAUUUUUUUGUAUUUGAACUAUGAGCAAUUAUAAUAAAACCCAAGCAAAAAAACAUA